GAUAUAGAAAGAGCUGUGUUUAGAGCCAAGCAGCAAGAGUGAAUCCAUAAUUUCUUAAAUGCUCUUAGGUAUCUUCUUGGGUAAGUUAAUAUAUUACUGUGAUUAUAUUAAAAGAUGUUUCACAAUAAUAAUAGUAUAUAUGUCAUUGUUUUCUGUGGAGCUUCUUUUCUUAAGGCACAUACUUAACAUAUGAAUAUUUAAGUGAAAAGUAGGUGUGGAUUUGUCUAUUCGGGAAUGUUAAGGGGCAAAAAGAAGAAAAUAUAUUUGUUUAAACUGUAUUCUAUUCUGCCAGCAAUGCUGUUCAGCAUCAAGAUGUCAUUUUAAUUCCUGAGUGUAGUUUGUUAGAGUUGAGCAUAUAUAUGUAAUUAUGCAUAAGAAAAGCAGAAGUAUUGCUCAGUACGAUUAAUUAGGGAUUUGAGAGCAAGGCAGAAAUUAUUCAGUUCUGCAGCCAGGAUUUUCUGAACAAAUUUAAUAGUUAAAUAUCCUGGUUUUCUGAGGAAAUGAUUUCGAGCUCUUCUGAAAACCGGUUCACUAAUUUACAAGGCUAAAUACUGCAUUUGUGUUUUCUAACUUUAGGCACGCAAGCCAACAGAUUCAGAUACAUAAUUUGAAAGAUUAGCAUCAGUUAGUAUGUUCAUAAGUAUUGUGGCUAUUUAUGGAAAUCUGACAAAGUCUAUUUAAAAUAAAAUAAAAAUGAUUGCUUGCCCAUUAAUGGAGUGUUAAAUUUGCCAGUAAGAGUAAAAUCUAAACAGGGUAAAUGGCAUCUGCAGACUGCUGAGGUUUGUAGUCCGGUGGAAAUGCGAGUUCUGGAAUGCAGUAAUUAGAUGGGGUAGUCAAUACUUGUUAAUGAAGCCCAUGCUUGUGAUCCAUCUUUAAAGGGAGAGAAAAGCAAUACUGCCCUUCCUGUGGAGCCCUUAUUGACCUGCAGCAGCAGCUGCUGUCCGCUUACACAGCUCGUUCACAGAAUAACUAGCACACUUCUCUUAAGAAUAAAUAGUCUGUCUCCCAGAAGUGAUGGAAGUGUUUCAAGAAAACAGAAUGAAAUGCUGCUGCUAGAGGAUAAACGAAAUACGAGGUGUUCGGCAGACAAAUUUUAGACACUCUUCUCUGUGUGUUCUAAAAAGUACCCUCUGGAAGAGAGAAUAGUACUGCUUAAUUCCACUAACUGUAUGGGAUGCAUAUGCAAUAGCCAGGCAUGUUACUGCACUUGAAUGUGCAUUUUGUUCACUCUUUUAUUUGUGCUUUUCCCAUGAACUGUUUUUCUGAUUUUUUUUAUUUUUUUUUCCCUGGGAUGCCAACUUCUAGGAGGUGAUCAGAAUAGCGGGCUUAUGGCAGCAACCUCUUCUUUAUUGUAGCUGUCAAAGCAAGUUUGCUGGGAUCAAAGAUAGUGAAAUGGUUUCUCUUAGAACUGAGUCUUUGCAUAGUGUUUCUUUGAAGGCUAUUCUAAAUCUGGCUUAAGAUGUGGAAUAUGUCACUGAGGUCUUUGUCAUCCCAUUUAUUUCUGCAGCUACAGGAGAAAGUACCAAGGUUUGGGAACUGUUUAUUUUCCCAUGAUAGAGGAAAACUAUUACUUUUUUAUCUUGGAGUAAAAUAAAUGAAAUUGUUAACUUUUGGAAAUUCCUUUAUAAAACAUUGUAAUCAAUUUUACUCAGGAUGACUGCACUGCUACGAGCAAGAAAGCUAGUCAAAGCAACAAAUUCUGUUUCUUCAAUUUAUCGUGCUUGUUAUGCUUAUUAGCAUGAUUUGGUAGUGUUCAAGGCUGUUCUUAGAAACUCAUAUAGCAGCCUAUAAACAUCAGUAACUUGUGAUACAGUUCAGUGCUCCCAGAGCAUUUACAUCUAAAGGAAGAUGUCGCUUGCCUUUGCUGACCCCUGGGCUCACAUUUUUCUUGAUGCCUCUUCCAAACUUACCCAUUGAUAUAGAUGGAUUCAGAUUUUCUUAUCCUUUAACAAAGCUUCAGAUAUUUAAAGUAUUUGCUUUCUUGAUUAAUACUGAGAACAGCAACUGUUAAUUUAAUGAAACAAAGUCUUCUUGAGAGUGAGUUUUAUCAGGACUGCUCCAACUUCGUAUUUGCAAGACAUCAUGGUGACAGACAGCUGAUGUUAAUGGUGAUCUUUAGAUUGUCAGCUUAAUCCUACAGGCAUUUAAAACUUACUUGCUUUUGUAUUUACAAGAUACCAACAUAAACUUGUAGCUGGUUGAGCUGCUAGCAUGUUGAAAUCAGUUCUAGGCUUGUAUUUAUCAAAUGCUUUGUUUGUAGCUGGUUUAUGUUCUGAUAUUUGCAGACCUUUACUUCUUCUGUGCUAAAGUUAGUUGAGAUACUGAUCUUUAUGUAGAGGCAACUCCCAAUAAACCUUUUGUGCUCAUAGGUAAAGUUUAUGAAUUCAACUAGUUUGGAACCGUAGGAGAGGCAGUGUCUUUUGCACUGAUAUAUGAGUGGGGAGAGAAGAAAAAGUAAGAAGCCAAGCUUUUGAGUGCACCAAAUCACUGGGAGAGUCCAAACCAAAGUUGAAAGCUGCAGUUUAGACUUAUUUUUUCCCUUCUGUCUGAUAAAUCUUCAUGCAAUACUAAACUUGAACUAAGCUGAGCCUUUAUUUGGGGAAAUGUAAUGUCAAAGUGCAAGUUUAUAUGAUUAAGGAAUGAGCUAUAUUGAGUCUGUUUGUACUGCCUAACAGAUGAGAGGCCUUAUUUAAAUUUAGAUGCUUCCUCUGUGUUGCCUUGAUGGAACUAUAAAGUUCUUCUCCUUAGAUGGGGCUCUGUAUGCUUUGAAGUAAAGUGAGAAGAAAGUGAUGCUUUAAACAAAGCAUUUGUGGUGUUGUAGAAGUUCUGGGAACACAGUGGAAAGAACUGAUGUUCUGAGUAGAAAAUACAAUUUUCAAGGGAGAAUAUUUGCUUAGAAGAAAGUACACUAAAAUUAAGUUGCUGAUUCCAGUUCUGUAAGUUUCACGGAAGCCAGGCGUAGGGGGAGGAGAAGGAGUUCAGUUUUGUCUUUGUAAAUUCAAAGAACAAAGCAUAGUUGGCUUACAUACUUAUCAUUGUUUGGAGAUGAAGUGUUGUCUGUCACCCAUUUAAAAGAAAAAACAGAAAAAAACAACAAACAUGCACAUAUAAACCAUUGAUGUACACACACAGAAAGCCUCCGUUUCCCCAGGACCAAAACCAAAUCACCUAAACUUUGAAAAUAGAAGAAAGAUUAAUUUGUGCCAAACCUACGGUCACUUCUUUUGUAAGCUUUAUCAGGUAGGGAUUUCUGAAUCCUUUGUAAGAAGCACCUAUUAUGUAUGUAUUAAUUUUGAGAGAGAAGUUGUUGCUAAAUUGAGGUUCCUGCAUUGCACUGGAAAUGAUAGUGCCAUUUGUAAUUUGCAAAGCAAAACCCUCACAAGAGGUCUAAGUGUUGCUGUUGCCCUAUUUCUUCCACCCUUUCUUCCAUGCACCGAAAUGACUGUCUUGUGGAGUUCAAGUCUCAUGCUUCACGCAUAUUUACAUACAAUGCUUAGUAAAGCCAAGUCCUGAAGAGUGUUGUUUCUAGACUUACAGCUCAAUGCCUUUCUAUUUCUGUACUUGGCCUCAGCUCUCACCAAGCUUUUCCCCAGAAAUACUGAAGUACUGAAGAAUGCAUGAAUGCAGCCUUCCUGCUCAUUCUUCAAUGCUGCUGAUAGGUCUCCUGUCUCAGAGGAGGAAUGGUGGCAUACUCUCCAGAAAGGUUGAUCUAGUGAGUUCUAGUAGUGAUCUAGUAGUGGUUCUGCCAAGAGCUUUGGGCCUAAAAUAUUAAUUCUCAGUAUCCAAAGGCAUGAAAAAUCGAAACUAUUGUAUAGGUUUUAGCUCGAGUGAGAACAGAACAGGAUGGCUUUUUUACUUUCUCUCUCUCUUUUUUUUUUUAAUUUUUAUUUAGUGAUCUGCUUCAGGGCUUGCCAGCCAUUGCUUUAUGCAAGGUGCUGGCUGGCUUAAAAGUUCAUGUUCUCUCCUGGCUUCCUUGGACUUUUGGAAGUCCUUUUAUCUAAGAGGACUUCUAUCUAUGCUGAAGUCCUAGUCCUGUAUCCUUUGAUCCACUACUAUGUUAUGUGAGCCUCCCGUGAUUUUUUUUCUGUUCUUGGCUCUAGGAUCCUGGCAUUGUCUUGAGAUAGCUCCUGUAGUUCAAACUGCACCAAAACAGUUUUAUGGAGCAGAAAGACUGUGGUACACAACACUGUAACUGCAAUGCAGAACACUCCUGAUGAAAUACAAGGUAUCACGGAGAACAGCUUGUUCCUUUAUGAAACUUGACUUGUUUUAAAAACAAAAACAAAACCCAAGAAAAAGUAAAUGUUCUUCUCAGUAAUUGUUUCUCUCCCUCUAAUAGUCAAAAUGAAACUGGUGAUCCAAUGACAAUGCAUGCAAUUGGGCUUAUUUUUAAAACUUCCUUCUUGAAUGUAUUCCGAAGAAGUAUUGUUAUCUUCAUACCUCGGGGAGGCACAGCCAGCAUAUAACAGACACCGCUAAACUUGAUAAACCUUCUUUGAACUUUUACUCGUCUUGACACUUGAACUUUGAAUAUCAUAUCACUGGUGUAAAUAUACAUGUACCAAAAGACAGGAUUGACUUUUUGUAAGGAGGGUUUUUUUGUUUUUUGAUUGUUAAUAUUUAUUCUACUAACUUGUACAAUGUGAAAAUUUAUUUAUUUAAUAUUAAAGAUUGGUUUAAAAUGCUCUUGGAUGUAGUCAAACUGGACUUAGGACAAACCUCUAUGAUUGCUUGUUCAGUUUUUAGUAUCUUUUCUCUUCUGGGUCCCUGGAUAUGAUUCUAGAGGCAUAAGUAGGAUUUUGAGGUUCCUGUUUUAUGGCCAAAUGUGUUCUGUAAGUAGAAAAGUAAGUGGCUGACUGGCAGCUUUUUCAGCAGGAAGUGUAUGUAGCCUUUUUGAUUUGUCUGAUAAUUACCGAAAGAGGUAAGGAUACUGAUUACUUGGAAAGAGCAGUGAAAUACAAUAGCCAUGAUCUCAUAGAGUCAUAGAAUGUCUUGAGUUGGAAAUGACCUUAAAGCCCUCCCAGCCCCAGCCUCCUGCCCUAGGCAGGACUGCCACCCAGCAGCUCAGGCUGCCCAGGGCCCCAUCUAACCGUAAUUAACCCAAGCAACUUUAAUUGCUUCUGCUGUCAUAAUGGUUUAAUGCUUUAAUGAACGGUUGAGUAACAGUAGAAUUCUGCCCUUUUUGAUGAUAAGGUUGUGUGAUUUCAUUUUUUAUCAUGCUUGUUAGGUAGAUUUUUUCAGUUUUUAUAACAAUACUUGUUGAUAGUCACCUAGCCUUUGUGCAAACAAUCACCUUUGAUGUGAAGUAGCUUCCCCCCACCUCCCACACACAUUGUGUUACUGGUCACCCUUCUAAGUAGGUACAAAAUUACAUCUUGUCAGUUCCCUCAAAACCGGUAAACUUCUGAUUAAAGAGAAUGGGCUGCAGAACUUUUGGCUAACAUUUAGGCUGUAAUAAGUAUUUCCUGGUUGUUUGAGUGGUUAAAAUAAGUGACAGGUGGCUCUGAGGGUGUUAAAGGAUAUGUUGCAAUGCUUGUGGAUCUGACUUUCUUCCUGCAUCUGUCUUGGCUACUUUUUUUUUCCAGCUGAAUCUGUAUGUGAUAUAUUUGAAACCAAAGUGCAGAUGUUUUAUAAUGAGUCACUUUUGCCUUCGGUUUGCACACCUUUACAUCCUUCUUCCUUUGUCAUCUGUUUGAGAGUUUCCUGGUAAGCUCCCAGAAAUUUCACAGAAAUGUUAUGUUCAUCCUUUACAUCACUUCUGGUAUCAAUGUCGUGUUUUACAGACAAAUUUUCACUUAAAACAAAACUAAACCCUCCCAAACCAGAAAAAAAGUCAGACUUCAGUUAGAAGCACACUGUAGUGUGGGAAAAAACAUUUGCUUUCUCUUGGGUUACUUUUGACCAGAUUUAGCCCUUUUCAGUCCUAAAAUAGUUGGAAAUAUACUCAUCACCAGUGCUUCUCAAAAAAUAUCAAGAUAGCAUUGCUGAGAGCCUUAUACAUGAAUAAUCUUAAAAUACUGAGAGAAGUUUUGUAUAGGCUGUCCUCCCAGGAGUGUCAUGUGCUGCCCUGUAAAAAUAGAUCUGUUGUGAUGUAGUAGCAGUUUAAAAGUAGUCUCCUUUGGAGUGGGAUGUGCAGAACUAAAUUCAGAACAGUACAUGGGGGACUGGCAACUCUUUAAGUAGGAUGUGAGCAGGAAAAAAGGAACUUUGGUAGCAGUUUUGGAAUAGUUGUUUGGAUGCUGAACCUGGGAAAUGGCAAGACGAAUCUUAAUCAAAUUCCUAGGAAUCCUGGAAAUUCACUGUCGUCUUCAUGGAAUUUUUCCUUACAAGGCAGCAGCAUCUGUCCAAAGUCCUUAAUAUUGUCUAGAUCUUGUCCAGCAAGUGCCACAACCAGACUAGUAGAGCAGAAUGUACACAAUGAAGCGGCUCAGGGAAUAAAUGGAAGUGUGCCAGUCAAACAGUCCCCACGUUCAGCCUCAAAUCCAAAGCCACAAGUGCCUCCAAAGCCACUUCAUCUGCAGAAGCUAUCACCUGUUACAUACCAAACCUCUAGACAUAAAGCUUUAUCAAGUCCGAAGCCAAGAAUGGAGGAAGAUACACCUACUCCUGUUUCUAGUGUCACAAAAGAAAAGCCCAGUAAAGUGUCAGAUCUCAUCCAUCGUUUUGAGGGAUGCAGCCCAUUCAGUCCUAUUGACUUGAAGAAAGAUUCCUCUGCUCUCAAUGUCUCUAAAUCUCAAGGAAGAUGUGGGUCAACGCCACCACCUCAGCCAAAACUCCUCUCCCAACACCCACUACUAAAACAGGGAAACAGUAAUACCGACAAAACUCAGGUUGCACAGACACACACAGCCAAUGGAGUAGUAGCACAAGACCAGGUGGAACGUGAGGACAGAAGGAUACUUGACAGAGAUUCUACUGUGUCCACCUUGGUUCCAGAUAAUUCAAUCAACAGCAGCUUAAUAAAUGGAGAAAGAGUAAGCACAUCCAGAGAUUCACUGGAAACUACAGCUUCCUACGAAGGAUCAGUACUUAACAGCUGCUACAGGACUCUAAGCAGUGAUACACUGCUCCCAUCUGACAAUGAAAUUAAUACUAAUGUGGAGGAAGAACCGAAUGAGGAAAUCAUCAAACAAGACCAACCUGCAGAAACAAAGGAGACAGAUGAACAGAAACGUCACAAAAUUGCCAGUGAACUUCUGCAAACAGAAAAAGCCUAUGUUAGCCGACUUGGCCUCCUGGAUCAAGUAUUUUACUCCAGACUCCUUGAAGAAGCCAACAGAGGUUCUUUUCCAGCUGAAGUGAUUAACAAGAUCUUUUCUAAUAUUUCAUCAAUAAAUGCCUUCCACAGUAAAUUUUUACUUCCAGAACUUGAGAAAAGAAUGCAAGAAUGGACUACCACCCCUAGAAUUGGAGAUAUUCUGCAGAAGUUAGCUCCUUUUCUUAAGAUGUAUGGAGAGUACGUGAAGAAUUUUGAUAACGCAAUGGAAUUGGUGAAAACAUGGACUGAACGGUCACCUCAAUUCAAAUUCAUCAUUCAGGAUAUUCAGAAGGAAAAAGUGUGUGGAAGUUUGACAUUACAACAUCACAUGCUAGAGCCUGUACAACGCAUUCCACGCUAUGAGAUGCUUCUAAAGGACUACCUAAGGAAAUUGCCUCAGGACUCCCUAGACUGGAAAGAUGCUGAAAAAUCCCUGGAAAUUAUAUCCACUGCAGCAAGCCACUCAAAUAGUGCAAUAAGGAAAAUGGAGAAUCUAAAGAAAUUGUUAGAGAUAUAUGAGAUGCUGGGAGAAGAGGAAGACAUUGUGAACCCUUCAAAUGAACUGAUAAAAGAAGGACAAAUCCUUAAACUUGCUGCUCGCAAUACAUCUGCUCAAGAACGGCACCUUUUCCUAUUUAACAAUAUGUUGCUCUACUGCGUCCCCAAAUUCAGCUUGGUAGGAUCAAAGUUCUCAGUUCGAACCAGAGUUGGCAUAGAUGGUAUGAAGAUUAUAGAAACUCAUAAUGAAGAAUACCCACACACUUUUCAAGUGUCUGGAAAAGAGCGAACGCUGGAGUUGCAGGCCAGUUCUGAACAAGACAAGGAAGAAUGGAUAAAGGCGCUUCAGAAUACCAUAGAAGCUUUUCAGCAGAGGAAUGAAACUUUCAGAAAUGCUAUUGCUAAGGAAUAUGAAGACAUGCCCAUCGAGGUUUCUAACGCUGAGCUUGGGAAGAGAGCACCAAGGUGGAUCCGAGACAAUGAAGUAACCAUGUGCAUGAAAUGCAAGGAGCCCUUCAAUGCACUGACAAGAAGGCGGCACCACUGCCGAGCGUGUGGACAUGUGGUUUGCUGGAAAUGUUCUGAUUAUAAGGCGCAUCUUGAGUAUGAUGGCAAUAAAUUGAAUAAAGUUUGUAAGGACUGCUAUCAUGUUAUAAUUGGUUGUACUGAUAGUGAGGAAAAGAAAAAGAAAGGCAUCUUGGAGAUUGAAUCUGCUGAAGUCUCUGGAAAUAGCGUCAUAUGUAGCUUUCUUCAGUACAUGGAAAAAUCAAAGCCCUGGCAGAAAGCAUGGUGUGUUAUACCUAAACAGGAAGCUGUUGUCCUGUACAUGUAUGGUGCUCCACAGGAUGUUAAAGCUCUGGCUACAAUUCCACUUCUGGGCUAUACAGUGGAUGACACCCCAAGAAGUGCUGACCUCCCACACAGCUUCAAACUGACCCAGUCGAAGUCUGUGCACAGCUUUGCUGCGGACAAUGAGGAACUAAAGCAGAAAUGGUUAAAAGUGAUCCAUUUAGCUGUCAAAGGUGAGACAUCAGAAUGUCAAAAUGAACUGCAAGUGAGUUUAGAAGAACAACCCGAAUCUUCUAAAACGUCUGAAUGCUGAAGCUCAAGAACACAUGGUAUUUUUAAAAAAUUCCAUUGAAUUUGUGUUUAACCCUUGAGGAAGGUUAACCUGUUAACCUUUCUUUGCUCAAUCAAACAAAAACAAACAAACAAAAAAAACAAAAACACAACUUCUUACUACCAUAAAUGUCUUAGCACUUUAUGUUUGGGAAAAAUUCUGGUCUUUCUAGAGAUUUCUUUCUUAUAUUUAUGUUCUGUCAGAAAGAGUGAUGUACAGGUCCAUUUCAGAGACUUUUUAAAAAUGUGAAUACUGUUAAGAAUACCUAUUAACCUUACUGUACUACUUGUUGAUUGUGAUGCAGAUUUUCUUCUUGAAAGUUCCUCUAUGGUUCAUGUUUGCUACUUUCAUCAUGAGUGCAAAUAUUGAAGAUUCCUGCUUAAAUAUUAGGACUUGCAACAGGAUAAAAGAUAUACCUCCACAUUGCCAAAAUAGAUCUGUAGUUAAAUAUACAGGGAUAGUUUGGUUUAAUGUAAGUAGUAUGUAGGUCGAAUUCCACAGAUCUGUACAUAUGUUGUAUUCUUUUGUUUCUUUUUAAUUAAAGUAAUGCAAAUUGGUUUUACAGGUAUACUGGCUUUUAAAGUUUCAGUUUAUCAAGGAAACAAUAUAAUGAUUUUCAGUCUAAAAAAGAAUACAUGGAAGAUGAUAAGUAUAUAAUAUAUGUACAGUAUUAAAAUGUACGAUAUUUGAUUUUUGCUCUUAUUUCCGGAGACUGGGUUCCUGUUAGUGAAUAAUUUAUUUAAAAAGCAUGUUUUCUAUUUGAAAUUAAACUGUCCUAAAUUAACAAAUACUGUUCAGUGAUUUGUUUUAAUAGCUGACACCUAAUGAUCUUGAUAUUUUUAUGCAUUAAAAAAAUAGCAGUAAUGUAAGUGGCAUGCAAUGGACAAAUAAGUUCCAGUUGUGUUUAAAGGAGUAGUCAUUUUUCUUCAGUGUCCUACCACUGUUGUCUUUUAAGAGUGCAGUAGUUCAUUACUAAAAUGCAGUAUGCAGAUUGAGAUAAUCAACAGAUUCUGUUAAUCUUCUGGGAGCAGGUAUUCUUGUUAUUACGGUUAUUGGAUCAAAAUAACAUUUUGAACCUAAAUAUUGUGAUUUUUGCAGAAGAUUAGAUACUGUACUACUUAUUUAUGACAGCAGUCUCCAAGGAUCGCUGUUGUAAUAUGGGGACUGCUUUAUAUGCAUUUAGUAUGAAAUAUGAGCCUGCAAAUCUCGAGGAAGGGAAUUAUAUAAGUUCUACAAUCAGCUUAUCAUGAGAGCAUCCAGAAGGGUUACUUCUCAAUAUAAUUGCUGCCUGUAUUUUAAAACAGAAGAAGCAGAAGAGCUCAGGCUUAAGUCCAGUUUUGUUGGUCACAUGAGGGCAGAUUUCAAUUAUCAAUUUAUACUGAAAUUUCCAAAUGAAGUAUUGACUAGACUCCCACUUUACUCUUUUUUUCAACACUAGAAAAAAAUACUCAUUUUACUUAGCACUUAAUAAAGGUUGUUAGAGUAAGCUUUGCUUAUAACGUUAUAUGUACCUGAGUACACAGUACUUGCCAUUUUUCAGUAAGAAAGUCACAAUUUCAUAUUAGUGGGCUGGAUUUUGCUCUCACCUGCACAAAUCCAAAAUUUACAAUGGCUUUUAGACUUCAAAGCCUUACACUAGUGUUGGUAAUAAUCAGGGCAUGGCAUUGCAGGGCGCUAACUCUGCAGCUUUACUGGGCAUGUCAGUUCUGAAUUCUUCCUUGGGUGCUCCACGUGUUCAGAUUACUACGUUUGUAAUCCUAGUAUUGCUUUUAUCUGAUGUGCAAGCUCUUCUGUAAUUCUUUGCGAGAUGUUCAGUUACUUCUACUUCCAGCUGUAUUUACCUUUAGCUGUGGGCAGCUUAAGGUGUUUAGGGUUUGUGUUGGUAAGUUCCAUCAGAUCUUCAUUUGAGUCUCCCUAGCUAGUGUGAUGCGUCUUGUGUAUAUCCUGGAAAGAGAUAGGGUAACAUUCAGACAGGCAGGGAGAAUUCUCCAUGGUCUUGGAAAGGGGAUAUCUUCUGAAAGAGUCUCCAGUGCACAUGUGGGAUCUGCAGGGUCACCUUUUUACACAGCCUCAUGUAUAAAAACAUCACUUCCUACGUUCAAGUUGUUGAGGGGUGAAUUUGCCUGAAAGGAGACCCUUAUCUUAAAAGAUAAGAUGGACUGAAUUAUACUCAAUAUGAAAGAAUUGCAAUCAUUUGGUACAUUCUGUAUUCUAAGAUCUUACAAAUUUAAUUUUGAGCCCAGUAGGAAGAUCCAUUUCCAGCAAAAUAAUUAGAACAUGAGAAGCAGCAAUUUCUAGGCUGCUUUAUUGUUAAAGUGGUAUUGACUAUCUGAAGCUGCUUCAGUGGUUUCAGCAUAUCCCAGAUUAAGCUCUGCAUGUGGACAUAAUGUGGAAUUAAAUUAGCAUUAUUAUUAUACUAUUAGCAGUAGUUACUUAUUUGGAUUUUAGCUUCAUGUUCUAUUUCAACAACUAAAGUUUAUACAGUGGAAUAUUUUAUUUACCCUCGCAAAAACUCAUUCAUGUUCUCUUAAUUGCUUGGUCAGAAUUACUACAUCCUGACUCAGAAGAUAACAGCACACAAAUGUGUGGUUCUGUGUGUAUGAGAAGUUGCUUCUAGACUUAAUCACCUUAGCAGUCUUAUGCUAUUCUCCACAGAUCAAAUCCCUCCCUACGGUAUCUGAAGCUUGUUCUUAUAACUGCAAAGGGAAGCAUUUUAAGUAGUAAGCACUGUGGCUUAAGUGUCAUGACCAAAGCAGUCAAAGGCAUCGUUCUGAUACGGUGUAGGCUGUUCCCAUUUCAGCUGGUGGUUGUUGUUGUUGUUUUAAGUAUUUAUUAGCAUAAAACUACGUGUGUGAGGAAAAUAAAACAUAACUGAGCAUUCAUUCAUAAUACGUGAAUGUAUGUGAGUCGCUCUGCUGCAUUAGUUCAACUUUGUCAUUCCCGUCUUCAGGAAAUGCUCAUUUCUGGCUAAGAGUGAUCAGCCUGCAGUGCUGUUCGAAACAGAUGAAGCAAUUUUGUGUGAUUUGUCUGUGUUCAAACAGAACAGUGGCUUAAUUUUUAUCAUGAUGUUCGUUUGGAGCAUAUUAUAUUUUCAAAACGAUAUGAUAUUUUUCACCUUGUUAUGGAAAAAUAAUAUAUUACGAUGUCUGCAUCGUUCUUCCAGGUCCUAUAAAAAUUGUUUUUGGUAUCAGGCAGUUGUGCUUAGUUGAAGAGCUGCUGUAAAACUGAUAGCAUCUAGUACUUUCAGAUCCCUUUACACUGAAUGGUUCUGUUCAUUCCAAAAGGUGUUUAAUUUUUAUGUAUAAAACAGAUAUUGAGAAUAAAAAACAUUAUCUUCUAUUUGGAGCAGAAUAUUAAACUGUUUAAAUGCAUGUAAUAUAGUGGCACCUUUUUAUGCAAAACCAUCUUGAAGUGCUUUAUAAAUCUCCUCUAGAUCCCUUUUAUAUAAAAGAGGCUUAUUAUUCUUCACAUGUUUAAAAUAUGGAUGAAACUAAGGCAUGGAUUAAAUGUAGAAUAAAUACACUACCACUUGCGUAAGUUUUAGAUGAGGUUAAGAAUAGAUGUAUAUUCUAAAGAGUUCUGACUGGAAUCAAGAGAAAAAAAGAUAAAUAUAUAUACACUUUAAAAAUGUCUGGAAAGGAUGUGGAAACAUCUGACAGGUUCUUGGGGAUUCACUGUGUUUUUCAUUUUCUGUUUCUUCUUUUAAAUACUUCCCACCAUACAACUAGUAUAAAAACUGGGCCGCUUUUCACAUUGUGAUUAAAUAAAAUGAACAAAUGGCAGUGGCUCCUUAUACUGAAGUAAAGGGAUUUCAAGAAAACAAUUAGGCAUUCCACAUAGAAAAUAACUAUAAGUAAUUAUAAAAGAGCUUUAUCUGUAGAUAUAUUUUGGAAUCCUUAGCGGGUGUAAACAAGCAUAUACCUGCUAGACUUAAAUAGACAUGGAAUCUACCUUACAUUCUAUAAAGACAUGGGUGGAAAAUCAGUAUUAGUCCACUUUAAGACCUGCUGACUUCCUGUGUCUCAUCUGGAAUUACAGCGCUCAGCUGAACUUCAGAGGGGUUUCACUCGGAGACAGUUGGUGUAGGAGUGAGUAGAGACAGCUGAUAAUCUGAAAGUGAUUGGAGAAAAGAAAGAAUUUUGUGGCAGAUUUAACUAUCCUUAAGAUAAAUUCGUUGGUAGAAGGGGAAUCAGUCUUAAUCUGUGGCGUACUCUUACUUGGAAUUGAACCAAGAUAUACGGAGUGAUGUUUUUUCUUCAUUCUGUGGCCCUAUUGGUAUGAGGAAUGCACCCAUAGCUGACCUAUAGGACUGUAGCGAAGCACGUCUUGGAUGAGUUUUAAUCUUCCUAAAUUCCUUUUCUGUUAACACAUCAUAAUAGUAACUUAUUGCCUUUGAAUAUACACAUAUAUACACAUAUGUAUCUGUGUGUAUAUGUAUAUAUAUGUGUGUGUGCAUAUAUAAUGUUUGAGACUUUUAUUCAUAUGACCUGCUUCAAGCAGUAUUUUACAAUCAAUCAAAAACACACUGUGCUGCAUUCAACGUAUGAUCUAUAUUGAUUGCAUUGAGUAUGCUUUUCAGGAGAAAAAAAAUCAACAGAAUUAGACCUCCUUCCAUGGCAUGAUUACUGUUUCCAACCACAUAAAACCAAAACAGACUAAAUCCAGUCAUGCAUUCAGUCUACCUCCUGUUAAACUUUGUGAUUACAAUUAGGCCCAGAUUCAUCCAUGGCAUUUUGCUUUCAUCCCUUCAUCCUGACACAAGAGAAUGUAGAACGUAUUUUCUCUCUACUAAAAUUUCAGCAAAUUUCCAUCAAUAAAACAUAUUCUCAGCCCCUGCAUAACACUGACCUACUUUGCUUUGUAGUUCAUCCUUUGUAGAUUCGUUAACUGUGGUAAAAGCAUUCAGAACAAGUGGGGGAAUUGUGUCAAAGCGUUUUUUCAAUAACAUGCCCUAAGAAUUCUAAGAAAGAAGGCAGAUUUGUUGGAUACGGGGAAUUGUUUGCAAUAGAAAUACUGCUGAUGUUUUUUUUUUCUAUUAGCACAUUCCCUAUUCUGCAGCCCUCAAGGCAGAUUAAUCCAUUAACUUUAGUGGGAGCUGGAUCAGCUGUAAUGUGACAUCAGAAUUACAGGCUAUGUGCUGUAAUUCCCCUUUGUUAUGAAAACAUUAUUUCUGGUUUUAAUUGAGAAAACACUUUUUGUUUGUAAAAAUAGUAAUAUUUGGAAGAGGUGUAAAUUUAUUCUGGUUUUGCAAUAAACUGAAGAAUAUUUAAAAGGUGAGAUUUAAAUGACGUUCGACGUUGUGCAAAUGUAAGUGGUCAUUUUUAUGGUCAAAAAUGUAUGAAUGUAAAAUAAUUGCAGAUAUUGUAUAUACUUUCUGUAAUAUAUGUAUAUUUGGUUUUAAGGUGGGUGGAGAAUUGUAAAAAGUAAGCACUUUAAUUUCCAUUGAAUACUUAGAAAAAAAAAAAUCCUGUAAAAUAAAAGCAUCAUUCAGUGAG